AUGGAAAUUGAUCGUUACGAACACUACUUAGAAGUCGAAAAAGAUAGAAGAAUUCGUCCUGCUUUCGGCGGUAUGGACGAUUCUCCAUUCUCGAAUAAGGAAAAUGAUCAAGACGAUGCACCGUUACCCCCCGUACGAAGACGAAAGAAAGAAGGGAAAAACGGGAGUGAUAAAGAGGAGAGGAUUGUGUCGUACUUGGGGCCAAUCUACCUGAACAGCAUCAAUUCAUCUAUCAUGAAAUCGAAUAGCUUAACCAGAUACCGUAAAUCCUAUCCGGUUUCAUCGCCAUGGGCCGUCAUGUGUGCCGUCGAGUCUGUCGGAAACGAGGUGAAUAUAAAAGUGCACCCGUGGGAUGAUGAAGUAGAAGACGGCUCACCUGUAGAUGCCACCCGCUCCAUGGAAAAUGAAUGCCGCUACGACGGCGACGGAGAAGAAGCCGAACAACGAGUAGGAGCCAAGAUGGCAGAAACCGGAAACAAUCGUAUAUCUAUCUAUCUAUCUAUCUAUCUAUCUAUCUAUCUAUCUAUCUAUCUCUCUCUCUCUAUAUAUAUAUAUAUAUAA